AUGAAAACUACACCAAUCACAGAAAUGGAGAAAGCAGCCAAUCUAGAACCAUUAGAAACAAGGCGACAAUACAAAGCUCUAGUACAAUCGGAGAAAGCACGGAGACUUCCAUCCCACCCCAUCCACUCAAAGCUACAGAAGAGACCAAAAUGUAGACUCAAAAGACAAAGUCUCAACCACGUUGUCAAACAACUAAUCAGUGAAAAGGUAGUGACAGUAGACACGGACAUCGAACCACUCACCCCAGACACAUGGAUCCCAAGACAACAAACCCUAACCAUCAGAGUCGAUGUUCCAGGAGUUGAGAACAAGGCACAAAACCCUGUCCAACUGAAAUUCUGUACUUCAGACAUGAUCAGCCAGCGCUACCCACCACACUCAUGGAUCCAGGCCUUUACUGAUGGAUCAGCAGAAAAGGCAGUCAAGAACGCUGGAAGCGGGGUGUACAUAACAUACCCAGCAGGACCCCCUUUUGCCUCAGCAAUCGCAGUAGGUGAACAAAGCUCCAACUACAGAGCUGAGGUCCAGGCUCUUCAGUCAGCAGCACAUCAUCUGAUUGAGCAGGAUGUACAGGAAAGAAACAUUGUCUUCCUUACAGACUCACUGUCAGCCCUACAGUCCCUCUCAGCAGGACCAUCAGAUGCCACAACAAGACAGCUGCUGACACACAUUUGCCACCUGUCAGACCACAACAAUGUUGUGCUACAGUGGAUACCUUCCCAUGUAGGCAUAGCCGGCAACGAAGCUGCAGACAAGCUUGCCAAGGAGGGAUCAAAGAAGGAGCAGCCUCAACCCCCAAUAUCAUACCAUGAGGCAAAAACCUUACUCAAUAACAAAUUCACCACAGAAUGGAAUUACAAAAAUGAUGGAUACCAACCCCAGAAAAACAGCAUCGACAAACUCAACAGACACGGUCAAACCAUCAUCUUCAGGCUCAGAACUAGACACUGUCGUCUUCAAAAGCACAUGAAUAGACUUGGACUUGCUGAAACAGCUUAA